UCAUAAAUCGUUCGUAACUGCGGACGUAGCACGCGCGCAUAAUUUAAAAUUGCUUAGGAAGGAGUGGCUUAGCAUAAGUACGUUUGGUCGGAAAACCACUGAAUCGGGAUUGCGUGAUGUAGUUCUUAUCGACCUGAUUCCUGUAAGCGGUGGUGGGAAUCUAACACUCGAGGCUUAUGUCGUGCCGGAGAUUUCACGAAUAAGCAACGAGCACGUUGAAGUCGUUAAGAAAGACUUUUCGCAUUUGCGUAACCUUUGGUUUUCAGACGUAUGCCGGACCAAAGAGGAGCUUGAAAUUGAUUUGUUGAUCGGUUCAGAUUACAUUUGGAAGUUUCAGAGGGGCCGAACCAUACGGGGGGAGCCUGAGGAGCCGGUUGCAAUUGAAGCUGAGUUGGGAUACGUUUUGAGUGGUCCUCUUAAACCAUGUGAAGGGAGAGGCAGACAGGAUUAUUCAGUUUAUUUCGUUUCCCAGCAAAGAGUAGACACAGAUAGUGUUAGUUUAGAGAGAGAAGUGAGAAGACUGUGGGAUUUAGAUUCGAUUGGUAUUAGAGUAAAUGAUGAGGUGCAUGAAACGUUUGAAAAUGAAGUAAGUUUUAAAGAUUGCAAGUAUUCGGUAAAAUUGCCAUGGAAGCAGGGUCAUGAACCCUUGCCCAGUAAUUACGUAAACAGUUUAGCUCGCAUGCAAAACCAAUUAAGGAAAUUGCGCAAAGAUCCGAAGGUGUUGGCAGAUUAUGACGCGAUAAUUAAGGAUCAGUUAAAGACUAGAGUAAUAGAACCGGUUGCAGCGUUGGAAAAGCCAAGCGAUAAAUUGCACUAUUUGCCGCAUCAAGCAGUAAUUAGGAAAGAUGCCGAGACCACUAAGAUAAGAAUUGUAUAUGAUGCGUCAGCAAAGGAGUCUAAGAACGGAACGUCCUUGAAUAAUUGUUUGCACACAGGACCAUCAUUGAAUCCACAGUUGUUUGAUAUACUUGUUAGGUUUCGAGAAGAUAAGGUUGCGUAGGAGAUAUUGUGAAAGCGUUUCUUAAUAUUGAAGUCGAUCCAGGCGAUCGAGAUUGUUUAAAAUUUUUGUGGGUAGAUGAUUAUAAGAAGGAAAGUGCCGAAACUAUUGUUUAUCGUUUUUGUCGUGUAGUAUUUGGGUUAUAAAUGUGUCACCGUUAGACACAAUUAGACAUAAUUGAAAUAAGUUUGUUUCGACCGAUCCAUGUUUCGUAAGGAAAAUGCUAGAAGGAUUUUACGUGGAUGAUUUAGUAUCAGGCGGAAACACAAGCGAAGACGUAUUUGAGUUAUAUAAUAACGCUAGAUCUCGAAUGGAAAGCGGAGGUUUUCGAUUGCGUAAGUGGAAAACAAAUGAUCCGACACUAAGACAGAAAAUUUGUGAGUCUGAGAAGGAUGUGCCACAACAAGUAAUUAGGGGUUUGGAAGAAGACGAAACGUAUGCAAAAUCAAAAUUGGUUCCUCAAAGUGGAACAAAGGGUGAAAAAGUUUUAGGAUUGGCAUGGAAUUUACAGAAUGACACAAUACGUUUCAAUUUUGAACACAUUGCACGUAAGAAAGAAAGCUCGGAACCGACGAAAAGAAGCUUGUUGAGUUUAUUGAGUAGCUUGUUUGAUCCGUUAGGUUUAAUCAGUGGAAUUAUUGUAAGCAUGAAAAUACUAUUUCAAGAUGUCUGUAAGAGUAAGUUAGGAUGGGACGACACAUUUGGCAAUGACAUGAAAAAGCGAUUAGAUAAGUGGAUUGAAGAUUUAGUUGCAACACGAGAGAUAUACGUUGACAGAUGUUUAUAUGAUGCAAAUGUAGGAAAUAUUUCAGAAUGUUAUUUACAUGCAGUGUUUCCACUUGCAAGGAUUUUUCCCUGCAGCAAGAAAUAUUGCUCCUUGCAAGGAAUUUACAAGGAAAUAAAAUUUACAAGGAAAUGGCAAGGAAAAAUACAAAAAUUAAAGGAAAUUGCAAGGAUUCUGUAACUUAUAUCAGUUGCAAGUCUUAAACCAGUAAAAAUCAUCUUAUAAAUAGUAUAGGUCUAACAAAAGAGGUACAGAAGAAUCUGAAAAUGCCAUUUCCGGCAAUCUAGGGACUAUAAAUUUCAAAAUUUGAAAUUCUUGAAAACUUGCCCAAGUUUUCAGGCAAUGUAAUGAUGCUCGAUUUCUCGUAGGGUCUAUGAUAUAUUUGCCUCAAAUAUGCCUGAAUUUUCUUGAUUUUUUCCACCGUUCGAGUGGCAAGGAAAUUUUGUGGGGAAAAAGGAAUUUUGGAGAUUGAUUUGAUCUCACAACUCCCGGUUAUUUUUUCCUCGAAUUUUUAACAAAUUAAGAAUUUUUGGUGUUCUGGUGUUCCGUAUUCCGGUAUGAUGCUGCUCCGGUGUUCCUGAUUUUACUAAUAGGCCUAAUAGCGCGGUCACUUUGCCCAUUUGACUGCGUCUGUUUCGAGGCCCUGACGAAAAACACACACACGUGAUCGGAAGAUGAAUGCCAUGAACUGAAUUAUUGCCAUGAGCUCGUAAAAUAUUUCCUAACCGCAUGUUAAAAACUAUCCGAAAACCGCUAUUUAUUUUGGUCAAUAACCGAAUCCCCAGGGUUAAUUUCGACAUUUUCCGUCUCCGCACGAUUUCCAGUUAACCGCAAACCGUACAAAAUAACUGGAUAUAACCGAAAUCCGACCUCAAGAAAUGGCUAAAACCGCAUAACCGCGAAACUAUAAUAGACCCCCUGUUAAGAAAGACCAAGUAAGCAGUUUAAAGGCUGUAAUUGAUAUAGAACGUUACAGCAGUCUAAUGAGACUUUUGAAGGUUACAGCAUGGGUAAGACGAGCAGUUAACAAUUUCAGAAAACUUUUCAAUAAAAAUGAAUGUGUAACGACUAAUUUGACAGCGGAAGAAAUUAAUAGAGCCGAAAUAGAAUGGGUAAAAGCGACCCAGUGUGAAUUAAAGGAACAAGACAAUUAUAAGCAGUUGGUUCGAAAACUAGGUUUAGUCGAAGAAGACGGAAUUUUAAGAUGUACUGGUAGACUCGGCAAUUCAGGUUUGGAAUUAGAUGCCCAGAAACCGAUUCUGUUGCCAAAAGAGCAUAAGUUUACUCGUUCGGUAAUAGAAGCAUGCCACCAGAAAGUACACCAUUACGGUGUUAGAUCGAC